UGAUAUAGAAAUAAAGUGUUUGGUUUCUGUACUAACGUAGCUUUGCUGACAUGUAUUUUGCUGGCAUUAUUAAUACUGAUUGUAUGUUUUGUAACACCAUCUUUAUGUCGUAGAGGAAAGUGUAACGCAAAACACGAAUUAUCUAGUCAUAAUCGCACUACAGCUAUUAUGCCAUUGACGCAGCGUGAGGCAGUUCAACUGGGAUUGCUGCUACUCAGUGUGCCAGUACAGUAUCUGCUUGUGGGAACAGGAAGGCCCCAUCCAUUGCCGCAGGAUUCAUGGUUUAAAUUGGAAUAUUGGAAAGCCAGAUGGCUGCAGUUUGUGUCAUGGAUACUUAAAGCUGUCAUUCAGCCAGAUGAUUUCAGCAGCACACACAAAAAUGAGUCUCCAGCUAUUGAAGUAUUACGGUAUAGACAAAAGGCUGGAUACUUCACUGCAUCAUUAGAUGCGAGGAAUGAGCGACCAUUUCACUUACACUACAGAAUUGGACAAGUAGUCAAGCAUCGUACGCUCGGCUACAAGGGUGUUAUUGUAGGAUGGGACCUGCAAGCUAAGGCUCCAGAAAGUUGGCUGCAGCGUAUGUAUGGUAAUAUCAAGGUUCUUCGUAACAUGCCGCAUUAUGCAGUGUUAGUAGAUGAAGGGGACCGCCCCGGAUCUCAUUCAACUUACGUUGUUCAGGAACUGCUGGAGCUCAUGAAGAACACUGUAGUCCAGCAUUCUGAAAUUAAAAAUAAUUUUGAAUACUUUGAUGGAGCGCAAUACAUACCACGGGAAAAGUUAAGAAUUCUCUACCCGAGAGAUUGAACAUCAGUGAACGUAAAUAUCUAUGUUACUCCAGCGUUAUAGAAUAUAAGAAUUAUGGUUUCGACGUGUGAUGUGAAAUUGCAAAACAUGUAUUAUAUAUUUUACCCUGAAAUGCUUUAUUAAAUUUAUUAUGUUUGUGGA